AUGCGCAGAUCUGCCUUCUCAACAUCUGUUAUUCCCACAUGUGUGUCCUCCGCAGCGGUAGUGUGUGUGGGAGUAAACGCUCUGCAAACAUCUAUUCGCUGUGGACUUGUGAUGCACACACCAAAGUCUGAUAUUGUAAUGGGACGCUUUGAUUUUAUGGAUCAAUAUAAUGAAUUUCGCAAUCGCUCUGGACGUGCACCGGAUUAUUAUGUGGAUAAAUAUCGUGAUACCUACUGGCGUGUAGAUGAAUAUAUUCGUCGGGCAGAAAACUACAUUCGUACACAAGGAUUUUUCUUUCUACCUACAUUAGAGUUCCCAUGGUAUAAGGGUUGUUUGCCGCUUUUUUCAUCCUAUCAGAUUCGUCUACACUAUGGUCGUCAUCAUCGUUCCUAUGUUGACAAGUUAAACCAAUUAAUUGAGGGAACAUCUCUUUAUGGGUCUAAUUUGGAUGAAAUUAUCGUUCGCAGCAAUGGAGAUCCAAUGCUUGUGGGUGUUUACAAUAAUGCGGCACAACACUAUAAUCAUUGCUUCUUCUGGAAAUGUAUUCAACCAUAUGGUAGCAACAUUCCUCCUGAUUUAAAGACUGCUGUAGAAGAACAGUACGGGUCUGUAGAAGUUUUUCAAAAACUAUUCACAGAAGCAGGAGUCUCAUUAUUUGGUAGUGGAUGGGUGUAUUGGGUGUAUGAUAAGCGGGCAGAGCGGUUUGAUAUUCUUUCACUACAAAAUGCAGGUUGUCCACUCACAAACCCUGAUAUUAUCCCAUUACUUUGUGUAGAUGUCUGGGAACACACAUACUAUGUGGACUACGAGAAUAAUCGUGCUCAGUUUCUUUCAAAAUACUUUGACGUAGUAGAUUGGCAUUGGGCUGAACGGAACUGGAAACGAGGAACAGGUCAGGAGUACUAUGAAAUGAAAUUCUGGUAA